AUGCGUUUAUCUUUCCUGGACCUCCCCCCAGAGCUGAGGGUCAAGAUCUACAAGUACUUAUCCAUCACCACAAAGCACCUAGUCCUCGAUCAUGCACUCAACCAGUAUGGUCAUGCGUCGACCAUUCGGCUAGUCGUAAAAUUUGCACCCGUCGAGAUCUUGAGGACCUGUCGAUUGAUUUACCGGGAAGUUUAUCCAUAUGUCAAUUGGCUUGUGGCAGAUUGCGAACGUCCGCAGGUCAUUGUUGACAUAUCCAUGAUGGAGACCUUUUGUGAGAUAAUUUGCGGCACCGGUGCUCUCGACAUGGGAAAGCUCUUCAUAAUGAUUAUGCAAGAGUAUUGUUCAGCGACAGAUCUGCCCAUAGAUCAAGGACGGCACCGAAGCCGUUUAAAUUUACUGCCAUCAGAUCGCGUGGUAUCGACGGAAUACGCAAACAAACUCAGACGCUUUAUUGAACGGAGCCACAACUAUGUAAACUACGUGUUCGACAAGCGCAAGCGCAUACCCGAGAUUGCUGUCAAGAUACAAGCAGAUGUCACCACACCAGGACGAACACUCGUUUUCUUGGUAAAUCUACUAUGCGAAACAGAGCGUAAGAGGCAAAAUUAUCGCUUAUACACUAAAGUGGAAGGGGAACUCGAUGCCACGAUGAAGAGCAAAUACAGCACGCUGACGGAUGCCUGGAAUUAUGACUUGAGAUAUUUUGGUCACGAAGAUGCAAAGGGACUUGAUGAUGCAGAGUGGCAGGCAGACUGGGAAGGGAAUGAGGUUUGUGAGAAUUACGUGGAAGCAGAAGCGGUGUUGCACACCCUGAUAGAGAAGGCUCGCAGGGAUCCAUUAUGUCAUCUUUUGUGGAGCAUUGAGAGAUUGCAAGAUGCAGUGAGGGCUGGAGGCAUAUGA